UACUUUGCGUGUUCUAAAUAAAGUGAAGCACAUACUCAUUUCAAGUGAUCUCAAGUAUCUCAUUAAUUCGUGUCAAAAGCACCGUAUAAUAACUUUACCUUAAAAUAUAAAGAAAAGAUAAAUACAAAAAAAAGAGAGAAAAAUAAGAAGAAAAAGAAGAAAGGUAGGAUAUAUUACAUGCGGAAACUGUCACGCACGUGUCAAACACGUGACCACGCACGUGCUUACGCAAGAAUGGCGAAGUGUAAUGUCAUUCAUCCACGAGUGACGUAAUAGCGUCCCACGUGACUCCGCAGCGUUGGUCUGUCUUGGUUAGGUUAUGCCGUCGAGCGUUCCGAUGAACGUAAUACUUUCACGUGAUCGAGCUAAAAUCGUUGUUUUCGUCUUUAGCGUACGUCUAAAAUAGAACGUAAAUAAUAUUCUCGAAUGAUAGUUCGUUUAUAAUCUAUGCGUGAUAGUUUUACUUCACUUCGAAGCACUGUGCAAUGAUUCUCGCGGCGUUCGCCAUCCUUUCCAUUCAAACUUUUGUGCAGGUCCCUCGUGUGCAGCAUGUGCUUUCUAAUUUCGUAAAGUAAUUUUGCUUUUGAGAAAUGCUGUCCAUUCCACGGAAUUUUUAUCGUUUAUCGACGCUGGAUCGAUUUUUAGAACGAUCCAACAGACUCUCGUCGUCUCGGCGUUGUAAAUCAGACAAUGUGGUCGUCACCAUCGCUGAUGUGUCGAAAGAGCUGAGGCCAGUGAACAAUCCAGAAUACGUGCCAAGAAAAUACUUGGUGAAUACUCCCCCUCAAGAGACACUCAGGCACCUGAAAUGGAUGCUGCAGAAGGACGUUCUGCGCCAGGAUAUGUUCCUGAUGGGCGGGCCAGGUACGCGAAGGCGCGAGCUCGCGCUCGCCUUCCUGGAGCUCACAGGACGAGAGCUGGAGUUCAUCACGCUCACUCGUGACACCACGGAGGCGGAUUUGAAGCAGAGGAGAGAGAUCAAGAGCGGCACUGCUUACUACCACGAUCAGAGUGCAGUGAGAGCCGCGACCCACGGCCGAGUCCUCGUGAUUGAGGGUGUCGAGAAAGCGGAGCGCAAUGUGCUGCCUGUGUUGAACAAUUUGUUGGAGAACCGCGAGAUGCACCUGGAGGACGGUAGAUUCCUUAUUCCGGCGUCCCGCUAUGACAAGUUGCUGAAGAUACAUACUCAAGCGGAGUUGGACGCGUGGCGUCUCGUGCGAGUCAACGAGGAUUUCAUAGUGAUAGCACUGGGAUUACCAUCGCCGCGAUAUCCAGGGCAUCCGUUGGAUCCACCCCUUCGGUCCAGGUUUCAGGCUCGCCACGUUCCGCCACCGAUGUUCGAAGAACAAUUCGAGGUCCUGAGAAAUUUGGCACCGAACGCCGACGCUGGGAAAUUAUCGCAAUUGCUGUCGUGCGCCCACGCGUUAGUCACACAGGAAGCCUUCACCAUAGGUUUGCCGGAUUUUCCUUUGGACAGUUUGUCAUCGGCCGCAUUAAUUCUGGAUAAAAGCCCGGACUUGUCGGUGUACGACGUCUUCUAUAGGUUUUAUCCGUACAAACUAUUCUUGGGUAAGGAGGGCCGGAAUGCCGUCGAGGAUAUUCUUGGGACCUUUAGUGUACUGAACGAUUCCAGGAGAGAGCAUGUCGUUAACGGCGAAAUAAAUGUCACUGGGAAAACCGACGCUUUCUCGGAGAUCAGCAUAAAGCGCGAUAACACGGAAACGAGCUUCCACGUUCUCCACGGCUCGAGCCAAUUAUCGGGAGCGAAUAACGAUCUGUAUGUGGAGACCAAUUAUCAGAAUAGCCUGUUGGCGAGCAUGCUGGAGUCACACCUGGCGUCCGAUUUCUGCCUGAUCGGACCGAGGGGUUGCGGCAAGUCCACCACCGUCCGGCGGCUCGCUGAUUUGUUAGGGUACCAAGUGGAGCCAAUAGUACUUUACCAGGAUAUGACUUCCAGGGACCUGAUACAACAGCGGACCACGUCGCUCAACGGCGACACGGUCUGGAGAGACUCGCCGCUGGUGGACGCGGCGCUCAACGGCAAACUGGCCAUCCUGGACGGCAUCAACAGGAUUCAUUCCAGUACAUUAGCUAUAUUGCACAGAUUGAUCCACGAUCGGGAGCUGCAGUUGCACGAUGGUAAGCGGCUGGUGCGUGCCGAUCGCUACGACGAGAUCAAGAAAACGUACGGCAAAUCUGAUGAGGAGAUGCGUGAACGUGGUGUCCUGCGAAUCCACCCCGCUUUCAGGCUAGUGGCCCUUGCGGAACCGCCGGUCGUCAACAGUUCAUCUGGACAGUGGCUGAACUCCGAGUUGCUCAGCGUGUUCCUCUUUCACGAGAUGAGGCCGCUGGACAAGCAUGAGGAGAUUCACAUUAUUCAAUCCAAGUUCGGAAAACCCAGCCAGGCGUUGCUGAGUAUCAUAAACUUGGCACAUGUGCUACGCUCGUCCGACGAUCCGACGCUGCAAUCUCUCGCUGGUUCCCUCAGCACUCGACAACUUUUGCGAAUCGCCGAGCGAAUGCACCGGUUCCGCAGUGACAACUCGUACGACGCGGUGCAGCGCGCGUGUUUAGCGCGAUUCCUGCCAGCGAUCGCGAAGCAGACUCUCGAGGAUUGUUGCCGUCAAGCGAACGUCGUCUCGCCGAGCAACGUGAAUCAGAUUGCGAAGAUCGAGUGCGCGAUCACGGGGGAUACCGUGAGGAUCGGUGACACCGUCGUGGAUCGGUAUCGCCCUAAUGGAGCACUCACCAAGGUGCCUGACAUCCUCUUCUACGACGUACCCGAACAUAUAGCGUUGCUGGAGCGGUUGUUACAGGAUUUCAGUCUGGGCCAGAACCUCCUGUUAGUCGGCAAUCAAGGCGUCGGCAAGAAUAAAAUUGUCGAUCGGUUGCUGCAGUUGCUGAAUAGACCACGCGAGUACAUACAACUGCACAGGGACACGACUGUGCAGACCCUGACGCUACAGCCAAACGUUCGGGACGGCAAAGUGGUCUACGAGGACUCGCCGCUCGUGCAGGCGGUGAAGCUCGGUCACGUCCUCGUCGUGGACGAGGCGGACAAAGCGCCCACUCACGUCACGUGUAUACUGAAAACCCUUGUAGAGUCGGGCGAAAUGAUUCUGUCGGACGGCAGGCGGAUUGUUUCGCGUGUCGCUGCGGGAGACACGCAAGACGCGAAUCGCAUACUGAUGCAUCCAGACUUCAGGAUGAUCGUAUUGGCGAAUAGGCCAGGUUUCCCGUUCCUGGGCAACGACUUCUUCGGCGCUCUGGGUGAUCUGUUCAGCACGCAUUCCGUCGACAAUCCGAGCAGGAGCAGCGAGAUCCAGCUCCUCAAGCAGUAUGGUCCGCACGUGAACGAGCGGACGAUACACAAGCUGGUGCGGGCUUUCGGCGAGCUGAGAAGCAUGGCUGAUCAAGGCCUGGUCUCGUAUCCAUACUCGACUCGUGAAGUAGUUAACAUAGUUAAGCAUCUAGAGAAAUUCCCAAACGAGCCUUUAGCCAGCGUGGUGCGCAACGUCUUCGAUUUUGAUCGAUACAGCCAGGAGGUAUUCGAUACUCUGGUAACUGUGCUUCACAAGCACGGAAUUCCCGUUGGAACGAGUCCAACCAAUAUUGCCUUAGCUAAGGAACUACCCUUGCCAGAGAUGAAGAUCUGCGGUAGCUGGAACGUUUUGAACACAUUCCAGAGUAUUCUGCCCGUUCUCGAAAGAAAUGUUAAGAUAAAACCGCCGACGUUUCCGGCGCAGAACGAUCGGACACUGGACCGCGUCGAGGCUAGAUCAGCCUGGUUCACGGAACUACAGAGUUACUGGACGCUGCCCAUCAGCGAGAACAGCUCGGUGACCGCUUUAGCGGUCGCGAAGGGAAGUAAAGGGGACGGCACAGACGACCGGAUACACGUCCUCACGACGAAUCCUCUGAGCGUAUUCAGCAUGACACCCGAGUCCGAGCAAGUUCGCGAGACGUCGCUGCAAGGCUUGAUCAGCCCCAUUAGAGGCAACAUGCCGUUGUACGGCCUCGCGGUUGAUAAUCUCGGCAACGUUCUGGUUCACGAGGAGACCAGCAAUUCUUUACUGAUGGUGAAUGUGAGUGAGGGUGCCAUUCGCGAACUGCAGAUCUUGUCCUUCCUGGAUGCCGCCAGCGACCGCAUAUCGAACGCUUUCACGAACAAGAAUCACCAGUGGAAGAUGAAGGCGGAUCUACUGUCGUCGCACAGUUUAAUAGUCUUCUACACGCACGGCCACAACAAGAUCGAAGCCAUCAAUCUGCAGAAAAUGUGCGCGUACUCGAUGAACCUGCCGUGUGACAUCGAGUCGGUUCUGCUAGCGUCGGACAAGAAGUGGUUGAUACAGGACACAUCGAGGAACAAGUACAUGCUCACGAAGUCUUCAGACGCGAAUCCUUGUCCCAAUGUGCUGCACGAGAUGGACGAGUCUAACAGCACAGAGGUAAAGACUGGUCGCGUCUUGAAUUGCGGUCGGGAUAGUUUGCACAAGGCAGAGCUGAGCAAGGCCCUCCAGCAGCAAGUAGACGCGCCCAACAGAGUCAUAGUGACCGACAACACGUACGCUGGCAUAGCGAUCGGCUUUCCUGAUCUGGACAGCUCCAACGAUCUCCACUUCUGGCCGAGAAAGGGGAGAACGCGAGACUUCAUGACGCCUAUCGUCACGCAGAACGGACAGGUGAUCCGAACAGUCUCACCUGAUCAGGUUCCUGACGAGGUUGGCCCAAAGGAUAAGAAUCACACGGGGAUUUCCGGCUACUUGGAGAUAGUCGAUACGGUGAACCAAAAGCUGCGAUACAUACCCAUUCCAGAACCGGUUAAUGUCUCGCCGUUGACACAAUGGUUGUACGCGAAGGAUCUUCCGCUUUACGCAUCGCUGAUGUCGAAUGAAGGUCUCGUCACAAUAGACGCCGGUGGCUGCGUUCGCUUGUGGGAGACGUCGAUCACGAAUAUAGAAAGAUCGUUAGGUGCGUGGCGCAAAAUGCUGGGCAGCGGCGGAGAGAAGCUGCAAAUCACCAAGGAGAGGUACUCGGGGCUGGAUGUCAGCGGACCAAAGCACGGGAAGGUUGAUAAAAAUAAUGAUCCUCAUGUGGGUGGCAAUACUUGGGCCGGCGGAACCGGAGGCAGGGAUACAGCGGGUUUGGGCGGCAAGGGAGGGCCCUACCGACUGGACGCUGGUCACACGGUGCACCAGCUCAGCGACGAAGAGAAAAACGCAGUGCCGGACCACGUAAAGAAGGCUGCUCGCGAGAUGGGCAUCCGCGCGUUCAAGCAACGGCUCAGGGAUAUAAAGAUGAGCGAGUAUGACCACCAGCUGUACAGCCAGUUUAGCGACGCGGUCCAUAGUCAGGUACAGGCCUUGAGGGUCAUAUUAGGCUCGCUGCAGGCCAAGAGCAAAGAGCGACAAUGGUGUCGACAUCAGACGUCGGGCGAGUUGGAUGACACGAAGCUGAUCGAGGGGUUGACGGGCGAGAAAACGAUCUACCGGCGUCGAGCGGAGAAGGCGCCGGAAAUCGGCGCGCCGCAGCUGAAGCCGAAACGACUGAAGCUCGUGGUGGACGUAUCCGGCAGCAUGUACAGGUUCAAUGGCUACGAUGGACGACUGGAUCGCGAGUUGGAGGCCUGCGUCAUGGUGAUGGAGGCGUUCAGCGGUCACGAGGGCAAGUUCCAAUAUGACAUUGUCGGCCACUCUGGCGAUGAUUAUCACAUCGCUUUCGUCGAUCGCACGCAACCGCCGACGGACAACAAGCGCAGGCUGGAAGUGAUCAAGACGAUGCACGCCCACUCGCAGUUCUGCAUGUCCGGUGACAACACACUUGAAGCGACGCAGCACGCGAUCGCCAGCCUGGCAAAAGAGGAAUCCGACGAGUCCAUCGUGGUUGUGCUCUCGGACGCGAACCUGGAGCGCUACGGGAUCCGUCCUGAACGAUUUGCAAAGUUGUUACUGUCCAACGUGGACGUCAACUGCUAUGCCAUCUUUAUUGGGUCGUUGGGAGACCAAGCGGACAGAUUGAUGAAAAACUUGCCGUCUGGUCACGCGUUUGUGUGUAUGGACUUGAAGAAUAUACCGCGAAUCCUGCAGCAGAUAUUCGCCGCUUCGGUCUUAAGCACGACGCGGUCCACUUAAGUCAAAGUUAACCAAAGAAAAGGACUUUCUACUUAAAAAGAUCAAACGUUAUCUUUUAAUUGUUAGUUAUGUACAAUACCAAACGGAGUUAUGUAUAAUACGUUUAUCUAGGAUGUACGCUUUUAUACAAUCACAUCAGUAUAAUCAUUGUAAAAUGCUGUAUAUAAAAGAAAAAUUUCCAAUUUUAAG